AUGGUUUCCUUCAUGGGGCCUCCUCCUAAGGCCUUUCUUGAACGAACCCCGAUGUGUCGCAACUACCGAGACGUUGAAGAGCACCUCUUUGGCACGCGGGAGACACAGCUUGAAGGCAGAGACCACGAGAUGAUCUUGAAUUAUGCCGAGGACUUUAGACUUGCAGAGAGCCCAGCACGCCACCUCUACCAUAUUCAAGGGUUUCCGUGGCUUCAGCUCGAGCCGUCACUUCACCUAGCGAUCUACAUAGACGACUAA